GAAGACAUUGAAACUGAGAACAGAGUUGUAUAUUUCUCUCUCUUCAUUUCUCUGUCAUCAGCAGGAAUGGAAGAAGCUCUGCUACCAGCAACCAAAGAGAAGGAAUCAUGGGGUACAUAUCAAUAUAUGGGAAGAUCAAAUUCAUUUAUGCCUACUGGUUCUGUUGGAACUGAUCAAGUGAGCCUUGAAGAAAUUCGAUCUGCUUCUGUUUUUUCUGGUUAUCCCCCAUCAAUUCAUGCUGCUUUGAUUACUACUCCUGAACCUGAUCCUAACGAGCAAGCUGUAGUUUAUCAAGGUCAAUAUGGAGGAGUUACAUCUGCAAAUACUUAUGGUGAAACUGGAAGGCAACUUUUGGAUGAAGUGGAGAUAAGAGAGUUACUAAUCGAUUAUGUUGGACAUCGUUGUUGUUGGGGAAGUCGCCCAGCUCGGACAUGGCAGAUUCGUGCAGUGGAAGACUGCAAUGUUUAUGUGGGAACACUAGAUACUUUUAUAGAAGAGAGAGAAAGUACUACAGAAACAGAGCCAUAUCUUGGUGGGAAAAUAGAUGGAAAAGACAAGAGUCCUGAACUUGGGUUAUGGGAAUUGGAUCUAAGGUCUGAGUUUCCUCUGCUAUUUGUCCCACACAAAGAAACUCAGACUAAGAUUCCUCAUUCUGAAAAGAUUGAGAAAUGUUCAGGUUGUGAAGGACGAGGUGAGCUUCCAUGUCGCACUUGUAACGCAGGUCAAGCACCUGGGCAUUACAAAGAAAAUCAAAUGACUGAGUGCAAUGUCUGCUAUGGGAGGGGCCUUGUUGCUCAUAGAGAUGGAUCUGAUACAAUAUGUAAGAAAUGUAAUGGCAAGGGAAAGCUUCCUUGUGUUACUUGUGGUUCCCGUGGACUGAUGAAAUGUGAAACUUGUGAAGGACGAGGUUCUCAUGUUACCCGCAAUGUUGCCACCGUUAGAUGGAAAACACUUUCAACCCGAAAAGUAAGUGCCACAAGCGGUGCAGCAUCAGUUCCGGAUGACGUCUUUCACAGAGCCAAAGGGAUACAACUUUGCAACAUACAGGCAUAUCAAUGCACACCUGCCUUUUUCGCAGACUCUUAUUUCCUAAACAAAUUCUCCUCAGAUGUUAUAGCAGAACGAGCCCAUGUUCCUCCUGCAGCAAGAAUAAUUUGUGAGAGGCAUAUCAUAUCUGUUGUUCCCGUGACUCGUGUUACUAUGGCCAAAGGAAACCAGUCCUUCAGCUUUUACAUUAUUGGAGUUAGUCGAGAGGUGUACCUAAAAGAUUACUAUCCGUCGAAGUUCUGUUGGGGACUCUGCCCAUGCUUUGAGUGGCUGAAGCUAUAGCUUGAUUAAAACCCCUCCCUUAUACUCAAGAAAGCUCAGGACUGAAAUUUGGUUGUAUAUGAUUUAUGUUUUCGUAAACUUGUUCUUUCUCUUGUAUUUAUGUUCGUCUUUUGUAAUAUUACGUUGUUGAACCAAUGUCAUCUAAGGUUUCUUAACCUGUCAGUUAUAUCAUCCUUUUUGAGGGAAUAAAAAUGUAUGUAAGAAUUUCUAUACGGAUUAAUGGUAUCUUCUUCGACAGGGCAGCAA